CAUUUUACUAUGCAUGUGAGUACACAAUUCUCGAUUGCGCGUCGGGAGAGCGAACUACAAACACAAGUUCGGCGACAGCUUUCUUGCAUGGUCGCAAACGCGUUAAUGCAGCUAUAACUACUAGAUAUAUUUCAAGAGGAAACAAACUAUGGAGCCCCAGGAGGGCAGCCCGACGCAGCAGGGCGACAGCGGCAAAACGAGCAUGCCGCCGCCCAGCAUGCCACCUCCUAAGUUUAAGCCACCGCCGCCAAAGUUUCCAGCCUCGGAGAUGCCACCGCCUGGAGCUCGCAGUACAGCCCCCACCGCCGCGCCGGCAGCAGCAACAGCAGCCGCUGCAGAUGCAACCGCAGGCGGUCCACCCCCUUCCUCCUCGUCAGCAACUGCCGCCGGUGCGCCCGGCUCUGCGUCGACUGGGCCCGCAGGCGACGGGGCCGCAGGCGCCGGCCCCCCCGCAUCUGGGUCGGGCAGCGGCGCCGCGGCGGCCGCCGCCGCCGCGGCCGCGCGUGCCGCAGCUGCUGCGGCGGCUGGCGCUAUACCGGGACAGCGCGACCGUGUGAUUGCGCAAGUCACGUCAGCCAUGUACGCGAAAGCGGCAGCUGCAGCGGCGUCUGGCGAGGCCGGUGGCGGUGGUGGUGGCGGUGGUGGUGGUGGUGGACAGGGCGGUGCGCAGGCGGGCGGGCCGCAGGGCCCCGCGCCCUCCUACGACCCGCCGGCAUGGAGUGGCGUGCCGGAGGGGGUGGAGUACACGUUGGAGGUCCUCAAGACCGGUACCAUUGUUGAGAACCGCUCCCUGACCGGCCAGCCCUUCUUCACCUUCGGCCGCAACCCCGCCGCGGACUUUGUGCUGGAGCACCCCUCCGCCAGCCGCCUGCACGCAGUGCUGCAGUUCAACGGCGACACACGGGAGGCCUUCAUCUACGAUCCCGGCAGCACGCACGGCACCUUCCUGAACAAGCAGCGCAUCAAGCCACGCGUGUACGUUCCGCUGGCGGUGGGCCACACGCUGCGCUUCGGCACCAGCAGCCGCAUCCACGUGCUGGGGGGCCCGGCCGACCUCAUGCCGCCCGAAGGGCUCAGCCGCGAGCAGCGGCGGCAGCUGGCGGCGCUGGAGGCCAGCAGGCGCGAGAAGGAGAAGCAGCAGGAGGCGGCUAAGCGCAGCAUGGCGGCGGCGCUGACGGGCGGCGUGUCGUGGGGCAUGGACGACGGCGGCGGCGGGCUGGAGGACAUUGACCUGAACGACACCGACAGCAUUGAUUGGCGCGCACUGGUGGCGGCGGGGCACAAGCUCAACGAGCGGCAGCAGAAGCUGGCGGACAAGAUACGCGCCAAGGAGUGGAAGCUGACCAACCUCAAGACCGAGAGCCAGCGCAUCAGCAGCAAGGAGCGCCAGGAGGGCGGGCUCACGCAGGGGCAGGCCACCACCCUGGCGCGGAACGAGAUGGCCAUGGACAAGCUGUCGGAGGAGAUUGAGGACCUGGAUGAGACCAUGCGGGAGAGCAUUCGGGACGCGCUGCUCAACAAGAAGCGCGAGGAGGCGGCGGCGGCGGCGGGCGGCGGCGCCGACAAGAAGCGCAAGAGCCGGCCUGACAGCGACGACGACGGCGCGGGCAGCGACAGCGAUGACGAGUUCUUUGACCGCACCGCGGCGGGGGCGGGAGCCAAGGCCGCCGCGGCCAAGCGCCGGCAGGGCGCGGCGGGCGCGGGCGCGGCGGGCGGGCCGCAGGUGGCGGCGGUGGAGAGCGCCGAGGGCCUGUACGGGAAAAAGGAGCUGCUGCUGGAGGAGCAGAAGCGGCUGCAGGCGGCCAUCGCGGAGGAGAGCGCUCGCGUGGCGGCGGCGGCGGCGGCAGCCAAGGAGGCGGCGGCCGCAGCCACUGCCGCAACCACAGCAGCAGCAGCAGUAGCAGUAGCAUCUGGGUCAGGGCCGGCAGCAGCAGCGCCCUCCGCAGAGGAGGGGGCACAGCCGGCGGCCAACGGGGCGGAGGGGCCGGGAGGUGCGGCCGGCGCGGCUGCGUCUGGCGCGAGUGCGGGCGAAGCGGCAGUGGCGGCGGCGGCGGCUGGGCCUGGUGGGGCUGCGGGUGGUGAUGACAGCUUGGAUGCGUUCAUGGCCAACAUGGACGUACAGAUUGAGAAGGACAAGCUGGCGUCGUUGAAGAGGCAGCUGGCGGAGGCCGAGCUGCAGCUGGCGCGAGUCACGAGGCUGCUCAAGAUCGCAGACCCGGAUGGCUGGCUGGCGCCCGGCAGCGCGGCGGCGGAGCGCGCCAAGACCGCCGCGGUGGCGGCGGCUGAGAAGGACCGGCGGCUCAAGGCGGCGGCGGCGACGGCCGCGGCCGCCGCUGCCAAGCGGCGGAAGGAGGAGGAGGCGGCCAAGCAGGCCUUCGAGGUGGAAGUGGAGGAGGACGACGAGGACGGCCCCGCGGUGGUGCAGGACGCCGCGCUGGCGGCAGCAGGGAGAGUGCCGCCGCCGGAGGCGGCCGCCCCCGCAGCCGCGGCAGCCGCAGGCCCUGGUCCUGACAAGGCAGCUCCGGGCGCACCCGGCGGGUCGUCACAGAGCGGCGGCGGCGGCGGCGGCAGCAGCGGCAGUAUUGCGGGCCAGGUGGGGCUCAUCAUCCGGCGACCGCAGGGCGCGCCGUCGGCACGGCCAACUGCCGCCAAGGCGGCCCCGGGGUCCGCGGCGGCGGCGGCGGCGCCGGUCAGCGCGGCGGCGCGGGCGGCGGCGGCGGCGCUGAUGGCGGAGAUGAACGCGACGCCGUCGGGGCCGGCGGUGGCCACUGGCGGCCGCGGGCUGGCAACGGAUGAGGGGCUGGAGCACGACGACCGGCACCCGGCGGCGGGAGGCGGCGGCCGUGGGAAGCGCUCACGGGCCGGCGGCGAUGCGGAGGCGUCUGUGGCGGCGGACCUCGAACUGCUGGCGGCGGCGCGGCGGCGGCGGGAGGAGCUGGCGGCGCAGGAGGCGGCGGAGGCGGCGGAGUGGCUGCCGCCGCAGGGGCAACGCGGCGACGGCCGAACCAGCCUUAAUGACAAGCUGGGGUACUGAUAUAGGGGGAUGUGUGGCGUGCGUGGGUGGCGUGGAUUGUGUGGGGGCGGUUUAGGAGGCUCGGGCUUUGUAGUUUGGGCGGUGGCCAUAGGCGGGGGAGGCAGAGUUGUAUUGCUGAUUGGCGUGCCGUGCGCUUGGCAGCACGCAUGCAUGGCCAAAUCGCCAGGCGGAUGGGGCCGGGUUGGGGGCACGUGGCAAGCGGGCAGACUGAUGAGGAGUUGACGUUGGCGGGAGUGGAGAACACUUGUCGGGGAAGUGAGCAAUCGGCGGAGCCAACUGACAUUUCGAGACUGAAAGUAAACAUUG